GAUUUCAAUGGCGGCAAAACCUUGAUGUCCCGUGUGUCCAUGUCGUGUCACUUGAAGACUGAAACAGCGACAGUGAGACGGUGCUCGAGACCUCCAUCCUGCCACUUCUGCUCAAUGGUCUUGUCUUGCAUCGCUGCAGAUCGAAGGAGGCUCCAUUAGCUAGCAAGCGCAGCUGCCAUUCCGAUAUCUAGACUAGCUAUACUUGUUCGUUGAAGGGGCCAGAUUGGGUACCAUUCUACAAUAUUCUAUCUAUUCUAUCUACCUUCAGUUAGUUAGUGAAGAAGCCAAGCAGAGUCGAGUCAGUGAUUUCGAACAAACAACAACCAGCACCAUGUCGAUAGUAGGAAAACGCAUGAAACCGCCUUCGCCUCUGAGCAAGAGCAUUAUGAAUGACCGGUGGGAAGAAGCUCUGACAAUUGCUCGGAAUCAACCAGAAAAGGCCAAGAUUUGGGGAUGGCGCCAUGGUUUCUUUGAAGGACUCAAGGACAGCAAUGUGUUGCCCUUGCACGAAUGUCUCGUGGGCAACGGUCCUGUCGAGGUGGUCCAUGCUCUGAUUUCCGCGUAUCCCAAGGGUGUCCAACAAAAAGAAAGUUCGUACCAACGGCUGCCACUGCAUUGUGCCUGUCGGAAAAAUGCCAAUCCAAGAGUGGUCGAGCUCCUAUUGGAAGCCGAUGCCGAGGCAGCCCUAGUAGCAGAUUCCCUGGGGAGAUUGCCGCUCCACUAUGCCCUGUCCAAUGGCGCCAACGAUGAGGUUAUUACAUUGCUGUUGAAAUACCACCCCAAUUCUGCCAGAGGGUGUGACAAUCGAGGAUGGACACCACUACACGUAGCCUGUGGAAUGGGUGCGUCGACACACGUUGUGAGUAUGAUUCUGAAUGCCUAUCCCGAAGCGUGCAUUCUGAAAACGCGAAAGGGGUCCCGUCCGGUCAAAUGUAUCAAUCCAAAAGCAGGCAACAAGGAGGAAGUCAAAGCAAUACUGCAAACCAAAAAGAAGCAUUUGGACGCCAACUAUCGUCCAGCACUCCCUGUCAAGCAGGGCUCAGAGAGGACUUUGGUCUAGCAUAGCAGAUCGCCGUCAAUGUCUUUUUUCUUGCACGCGAAGAAACAAAAAAUCUGCCUGUGCCAAUAUUAAAAAACACACACACACUACAAUCUUCAAUCAGUUUGUGACUUACUUACGGUAGCAAUGGUUGUACAGUAUCAUCAUCAUGUCAUGGAAACGGCUGGCUUUUUGCUUGGUGGCUUUUUUUACAACGUGGGAUCGACGAUUGGCUGGCAUCAUUUCAUUUCACUGGCCCACUACUAGUUGACACAUACAUCCCUACGGUAGUGAUCGAGCAUUGGCUCCAAAAGCCGUCCAUUCCAACAAUCAAUUAGAAGAA